AUGGAGCAAAACAAUGCAUCCACGGUGGUUAGCCCACCAGCGUCCAACAAUACAGAUCCUACAACAGCGCCCACAGUAUCUUCGCCAACUGACACCACGCGGUCGCACACAGCACCGGAGACAGUACCGACUGAGCCACCAGCGACAAGAUCACUACCCACUGACGACCCAAUGGCAAUCCUGCCAGCCGUAGGAGCACCACCACCACAAUACGACGAACACAAAAACCACGCCCUAGCACCACUAGAGCCAGCACAGAAAACCACCCCAGCCAGCCCACAAGCCCAAGGUCUCAUUAGUCCCCAGCUACAGGUUAUCCCAAUAGCACAACUAGGCGAAGUCCCCCGGCGCGUCCAGUGUCCAUUUUGCAAUCAAGAAGCCUUGACCAGAACAACCAAGGAGUCGACAAGCUCUACAUCCAUGGCCGCCAUCUGCUGCUGUAUUUUCGGCGGCAUUAUCUGUGCUUUUCUACCCUACUGCAUGGAAAUGUGUCAUGAUACACACCACUUCUGUACGAACUGUGGGGCGCAGGUUGCUACGUUUCCGCACGAGGGGCCUGUGCAGCAGUUUUCGCCGCAGGCCCCUGGGCCGGUCAUUGUUGCACCGGGGCCUAUUAGGCCGCCGGAGGCGGUUAUGAAGAAUUAG